AUGGACGGGGGAUAUCUCUUCGGGGAUGUGGAUUCGACGAGUCCCUGGAGGCCUGUCCAGCAGACACACAGAGAUCGGGCAGAUCUGCCUGAUGAACCAGCCGGUAAAUGCAGUGCAGAGUCUUUCUGCCGCGGCUUGAGCGGCACAGAAGGCCUCCAUCAGAGCGCCUUGCCUCAGAACGCAGCUUACGCACAAGCGGAUAUGCUCAUCAAGAGGUUGGGGGAGUUGAUGCAGCAACAAAAGCAGCAAGAUGCAGUGGCCGCCGCAUUCUCUGCAGCUGCCGAAUCGCUCCCUCUGGUCCAAGAAAAGCUAAUGGAGCGAAGAAUCCGGCCUGCCGCUUUGGUGUCACUCAGACACCCGAUUGAGAAAGUUACUCUCGUAGCAGAAUCUACCCAUACCGCAACAGCACAAAUCACAACGGAAGAUACUGAAGCAGAGAAUGCAUCAAAAGUCCAAGCACAGGGUUUGAAUGAGGUGAGCGGGAGCGGCAGCAGCGACAUGAGCAACAGGAGGACGGACCUGAUGCUGCUGGACAUUUCACUUCAAGAUAAGGAAUCAGAAGACCAAGUUUUCUGCUUCUUUCCAGAACUCGUGCCAUUGCUAAGACGGGGCCUAACAGUGUUGGAAUUCAUAGAGUCGCCUGAGGAGGCGCAGCAGGAAACGAAUCCUCAGGAACAAGGAUCCCGACGAAAACACAUGAAACAUGAUUAUCAACAACAAUCAAAGUACGUCUUGGUGCGCCGCGGCCUCCCGAAGUUCUUCGAUCUCGAUCUAGAACUUCUGGCUUGUUUCGUUCUGCAGGAGACCAGAAGACAAGAGCAGCAGCACGAACACAAGCAGGAGCAGAAGGAGCAACGAACACGCUUUGAGCAGCCACCACAUGUGCAAGAGCUGCAAAAAAAUCGGCAGCAGCAGCAAAACUCGCCGGGUCAAGAUCAAAACUUGCCGCAACAGCCACAAGGGAAAAAGCCGUUGAGACAACGAAGGAUACCAGAGUGUCACCAGAAGCAGCGACAGCGAGGGCAGGCGCGCAGAGGCGAUGCUCAAAGUUUAGGUGAAAGUACCGUUAAUAGUGCUCUAGACAUCGCAAGAAGAGGGUCUGCGAAAGCUCUGUUGUGUGCUCACCAACUGUCAGCUUGUCUCCUACGUUCCCUCAGCAUUUCCAGCAAAGGCAGCAUUGCAUGUAGCAGCGAGGAAAACAGUACGAAUGCGGUCUCAUUGGAAGUUUGGGCACUCGAAAAGCUAAAUGGAGAGGCGGCCCAAAUUUCCUUCUGCACUGAGCUGAAUGCUUGGGCUUGCUGCAGCAAGAAUGUCUGUGUGUUUUUACCUGCUGCUGCUGCAGCUGCCAACGGAUGUAGGUACACACUGCCCAGUGCAGGCGAGGCAACAGCAGCAACGCCCGAGACUGCAGCGGCUCCACUGCAGCAACACUAUAGCAAACAGCACCAGCAACGCAAGGAAGGUCACAGUGAUGUUCAGCAGCGACAGGAAGAGCAGCAGCGCUUUUGUGAAACGCAACGAGAGAAGCAGCAAGACGUUGUUGCCUUGCUACGGCUACUGGGGGCCGACCGCAUUUUUUCGCAGCCCUUCUCGGUUGAUACACUGCGGCUUCGCCGCAGAGAAACUUACGCCUUACGGGUGUCUGAUGCGUGGCAAAAACAGCUGCAGCGGCUUACUCAAGAACAGGUUAGGACAUUGCAACAGGUGCUGCAGAAUCACACACUUGUUGGCGAGCUGAUAGGCGAUGCAGAGAAGCAACAUGUCGUGCCUGCGUCCAAGCAGCGACGUGAGAAACAACGACAACAGUGCACAAUAACACCGGAGGGGAGACUAAUAUUCUUCGCUUUGGUACCACACAAUCUUGAAGGUGCCAACAGAGGCUUCGGUGAACCUCCCUGUCUUUGCCCCAGUGUAUCGUUACCACUGCUCCAAUCGUUGGGACUCGAGACGGCAUCACUAGCAGCGCGACUGCAGGCGUCAUCACCACUAGAGCUACUGCUGCCACUGUGUCAACUGGAACUGCAGAGAGCAAGCGACUGUGAUACUGAGGGCCUUGUUUUAUAUUUUUGCAGCCGCACAGCGGACGUCAGCGGUGCCGACUCCAAGGCCGCGUCAGCUGUAGUGGCGCUCGCGAAGGUCAAGUCUGCUCCGUAUUUGAUGCGUAGGAAGACAAGAGAGAAACUCAAGCGCCUGGUUAGGAGUAGAUGCUUCUGGUCAGCUGCAGCAGCGACUGCUGCUCUGGCAAAAAGAGCGCUGGUCGAGGGACAAGAAGCGGAGGACGCUCCCACUAUUAUUUCCCAGGAUUUUGCCGCGGCACAGGCGGCUCUGCCCACUUCAACCACUUUUGAGGGUGCGGGAGAAGUUGCUACUGCAUACGCCGUAGCUUCCUCCUCAAGAACAGGGGCAGCUGCAGAAGCUGCACUUCGUGUCCGCAUAGCCGCUGCCGUUGGACUGUACUGGUGCAGCUUUCUUGAAGAAGAACUAAGCCGUUUCAACCAUAUACUACAGUCAUGCUUGCCACGCAAUUUCUCAUUUUCUCUCCUUAAGGAAAUAUUGAGCUCACAGCAGUACCAACAGGAGCGUACACAGGAGUACUUGCUGAUGAUCCAAGAGCGACAGCAGCAGAUGAUGUCCUCUUGUGGCCAUAUGGUGAGAGAGGAGAGUGCCAAUUUCAGAAGAGCAGCGGCUUUCUUGUGUUCCCUUGCCGCUGCUCUGUUGUUGGAAUUAGAUUGCCAACCAGAUCCAGAGCAGAUCUUCCUGGAUUGGCACAAACUGCAGAGUCAAAAGUGUCAGCAGGUACAGCUGCAGCAGGACACAGGAGGCUUAAGCAGCACGGAAGAGUCAAAGCGCUUUCUGCAGUUCCUUUUACAUGGGCGAGGAAGGGAUCGGGGUUCAAAUUGCUUUAUGGGCCCACUUGGUCGAUUCUUGGUCACAUAUGUAGACAUGCGGCUGCUAGACCUCAUGGAAGACAGCGCUGCAUUUGGCACUGCUGUGGGCGCCCCAGAAUGCUGGACUGCUUUGCCGCAAGAGCUGCAGUUCCAUCUGCAAAAGACGAGCAACGCCUGCACCAGCAGCCCAUACUCUUGUGUCGUUAGAGUAGCGGAUUUCCGUAGGCUCGGCUCUUUUUCGUCAGUGCGACUGCAAGAACACGAUGGCAGAACGCUGAAGCGUCUUCAAGCGAGGAGGCAGGAGCAUGCGGAACAACCUUGUCAACAAAAUCACUUGGACAGGCUUGUACUGCGACGUCAGCGAGUAAUUGUUUGCCUCGUAACUCACCCUCUGGCCCUACGUGCUUCUCAAUAUCAAGAAGUACAAAAGCUUUGUCGUGACCGUGGCUGCAGCUUGGUGCUGCGGCACAGGUCGUGCGUAAGCGCUUGCUGCUGCCGUUGCCACGAGUCCAGAUGCAGCGCCUUUUGUUAUCAAAAUCCCAGGGUCAGCACAAGAGGCACAGCAUUCGACCAGUUUGCCUCGUUGAUUAUACUUCUGGGCCUUGAUCAAGAUGGCUAUGCAAUCUCUUUGCAGAGGCUCCGCCAACUGUUGAAGCAUCGACACGCGAAACAGCAACAUCUGGGACAUAAGCAAGAUUUAGAGUGGGAUGGCAUCGCACUAGUUGGCCAGAAAGGCAACAUCGAGGGAUUAAGGGGCUUUGCGAUGCAGAGCGAAAUUUCUACGUUCGCGAAUGCAGCUCGUUUUCUUGUGGCAGAUACAGUGGUAGGAAGGGCUAUUCAAGAAGCAAGCAGCGAUGCCGCCGCGGAAAGCAUUCUUGCACUGGCGUCAAAUUGUUGUACCAGGGGUGUUCGAGAAGCCAGCUUUGGCUUCUUCAGAACAUUGCAAGCCGACAAUGCUUCACGCCAGGUCCAAGCUGGUGAAAAAGGCGGCCACGUUACUUUGAUAAGGUUCCCUACGCCAAAGGUAGUGCACGACUCUGAUGGUCGUAUCUGCUAUUCGGAAGAUGUGCGUUGGCAGGGAUUUAUCCAAGAAGUUGGCGCAGCGAUUCAGACUGCCUCGCAGACGGGAGCACAGGGCCCUCCCGCAGCAAGCAGCCAAGAGGCUGCCCGGGAAUCGAGUAACGUGGCCGCUUCGUCUUUUGAGCCCCAGAAUACCGCGCCAGCUUUCAUGUCAAGCUGGAAGGAACUUGCUGCCCCGCCAUCUCAAUCCCUUUCUCUUGUUUCCGUGGUUGCGCUGCUUCCCGUUGGUCUCCCUGGCAGCGGAAAAACAACGGUGCUCUUGGAGGCCUUGCGCCCUGCACUGAGGCAGGAGCUAGUGUCACAGAACACUUUUUCUGUUGGAGGAGUCACCGGUUUCACUCUUUGGGAGGGUCGGCCGUCUCUUGAAACGAAGGCAACAGCAACAUUAACGGCAGCAGAGACGUCUAACACCACGGAAACAGAAAGGGCAACGAAGAUGCCACCAGUAGCCGCGUCAACAGCAAAGGUUGAGGCAACAGCAACAACCGCAGAGAAGCCGGCACGGCUUGUGUCUGCCGUUGAUUACGCAUGCAUAUUAAGCUCGGACGAGUUUACGGGCGAAGUACUGAGAUCUUUUGGUUACAGAACCCCUGUGGGUUCCCUUUACCAGAUGUGCCAUGAAGAAGCAUUGAAGGCUGGUCCAGCAGCAAUAAGCCGGCUGAGUGUUCCGUGCGGUCAGCAACUCAUAGGCGGGGACAGCCAGUCACCUCCAAAUGAGAAGGCUAUCAAAGCAGCAAUAGCAGAGGCAAGGAGGAACAUGAAGUCUGCUCUCGAUGAAUUCUUUUCUCAAUUAACGGAAGCUCUCCUACAUCAGAUGUAUAAACAGCGACAGGAACAGGAAAAGGGAAGGGAAGACUCGGCAGCAGGACGCUGGUCCCGUCCCAUUCGCGUCCUCAUAGCUUUGGAUAGGAAUCAUCCCCCUAAUGCGAUCGGGCCUCGCUUUCAUGAGAUGCAAGAAUACUUGCAUGCACUGCAGUCGACGGUCCUUGAGCGCUGCGGGAUACUCGUGAGGGUUGCUACUGCUGCGCUGUUGCUACCGCCGGACGUAGCUCAAGAGAAGUCCUCGUGGCCACUUAGAACUCCUGUGGGAUGCUCUAAGAAGCAGCGCAUACCAUGGGACUUUCCUUGGUCAAUAGAGGUGGUCCUGCGCUGCAUGCAUAGGGUGCUGACCCGUGUUGACCAUGCUACCCUUCAAGGAAGAAAAGGCCAACGUGCACGAUUGUCAGAGAGCCCUGUCUCGGAAUCCGAUGUUACACAAGACAAUAAAGCCCUACACAUAUGCCUUUCCUUUCUAUCUUGCUUUCGAGGCUACUCCAACCUUGACAGAUUCUUAGAAAGCCAUCCAUGCAUCAAUCACGUGCUGCAGCUGCAGACGGUGCUACCGAAGCAGCAGCAUCAACAGGAGCAGAAUCAACUGCCAAGGCAGCAGCUGCAGACUCAGCAGCAGCUACUGCUAACUGCUCUCUCCUCCCUAAGACCGUUCAGUGAACUGCCGGCUAACCAGGAUAUUUACAGUGCUCUCGCGGCUAGUCUGAGGCAGUGCCCUCCGAAUGGCUCAGCCUCUGAUUUUUUUCAGUCGAGCCCGCAAACGAGUGCUACUAGGAGUGCAGCAGAAUUGCUGCAUCUGCUCGAGAAUGUGUAUAGUUCGAUGGAGAACCCAGUGCUGCAACAGCCGAGCCAGCGAAAUCAGCAGCCUCAACAGCAGCAGCCCCAACAGCCACAGGAGGUGCAACAGCAAGGCGUCCACAGGGAUAUUUCUCCUACCAGCAAACUUGAGCAACCACGGGGAGAUCUGGACGGGGUGAUGCCAGAGGAUGACCCUGUGGUACCGUCCACAGCAAGAAGCAACUGCGGAUCUGACAUUAUCAUGCGACUUCCAACUUUCUUCAGCGUCUUGCUAAAUGAUGAAAAAACGACGCUCGCCUCGCUGACUGAGCAGCUCUUUGCUGCGGCGAAGACUGCAGAAAGUCUGUGCGGCCCUUCUGUCGAAGACAUCAGCAAGACUAUAAGGCCCGUAGAAAAGCCUCAUGUCACGACUUUUUUCUUCGGAGGUGGUUCCCUAAAGGUUAGCAGAGACAUGGUUGCUGCUGCGAACGACUGGCUAGACAGGAGGCUCAGUGCAUGCUGCGCAGGCGAUGCCUCGCAUUCGGAUUCCGCAGGAAAACCCUCGCAGGGGUCAUUUACCGUUUCUUCCAAUUUCCUCCGCGUUCUGGAGCUCCUGGCGUCUCGGAGGCAAGUUGGCCUCUACUUUAAAUUUCGAGUGACUCAUCUCGUCCUUACGGAUUUCGGCGUGGCUUGUGGUGCAUUGAGCCCUGUCUGUUCCGUCUUACCUCUGGCAGAGUGCUCUACCCCGAGCGCAUCCACGUUAAAAGACAAUGCACAUAAUAAGGAGGUCGAAUACAGAGGUGUUGAAGGUGAAAUGGAAGAGAUCGAUGGAAGGGCGGGUGCAUGCGGCCAUUUCUGUGCUGCAUGUGGGCCUCACGAGUUUGUGGGCACUUCUUCUAAAGCUUACAAGUUGUGCAUGGCUGCGAAUCACUAUGCACACGUUACUUUGUCCCUUAGUGAGGGUGUUGCAGCAGUGAUGUCCAACGACGUUUUGCAGGCAGCAGACAAAGCUAUAGUGAAUGGCAUAAGGGAAGGGCGGUUAAGGGCAGACACACCCAGACCAUACUGCACGGGGGCACCCGAAGAUGUACCAGGAACCCCUGAGAACCACAAUGAGAUACUUUCAUCGUGGGCUCCAUAUCAAAAUGUUGAGUGCUUUGCAGUCGGAGACAGCGAUGACCCUCAGGAGCUCAUCGUCUUCACAGGGGCUGUAGUAAGAGGCAUUUCCGCACGUUUAUGGGUCUGGGUCAUCCCAGAAGAUGGUCAAGAAGAGCUAGAGGGCCCACUCCAAGCAAGCUGA